AUGGAUUCUGCCGUGGACAUGGCUGACAGCUCGCGGGCGCUGGAUCUUUCGCGCAUCCGCUUCCAGCUCAUCCGUCUCGAAGACACAAUCACUUUCCAUCUCAUCGAAAGAGUCCAGUUUCCUCUAAAUAAGACCAUCUACACACCAGGAGCCCUGCCCAUCCCCGAUAGCAGUCUGAGCUUCUUUGACUAUUACUUCUCGCAGCAAGAGAAGCUUCAGUCUCUGAUCCGCCGUUUUGAAUCUCCCGACGAAUAUGCCUUCUUCCCAGAGGCAAUCCAGAAGCCUCUGUUAAAGCCUCUCAACUACCCCAAGAUCUUACAUAAGAACGACGUUUGCGUCAACGACAAGAUCAAGAAGUUCUACAUUGAAAAGUUUUUGCCCGUCGUGUGCCCCAACUUUGGCCGCGAGGAUCGAGGAGAGUCACAGGAAAACUACGGCUCGACAUCGACUUGCGACAUUGCUUGUCUGCAGGCACUAUCUCGGAGAAUCCACUUUGGCAAAUUUGUCGCCGAGUCUAAAUUCCAGUCGGAUCCUGAGCUCUACACGCAGCUAAUCAAAGCUGAGGAUCGAGAGGCCAUUGGCGAGUCCAUUACAAACAGAGCCGUCGAGCAGCAGGUUCUCGAUCGCUUGCGCCUCAAGGCGGAGACGUACGGCAAAGACCCGUCAACGCUGGGAGGCAUAGAGCAGCCUGUCAAGAUCAAUGUGGAUGCGGUAGUGUCCAUGUACAAGGACUUUGUCAUUCCAUUGACCAAGGAGGUGGAAGUUGAGUACUUAAUGCAGAGGCUUCUACCAGAAGAGUAG